CCUGCGCGGUUGUCAGAAUUUGUGCCGUUCCAGUCGUCUAGUCUUUCCACGCGACUUGUUGUGAGAGAAUAUUUUAGGAUGGGCAGACGAGAGGCGGACAGCAGGGGGGCGAUGACCACCAGUGACCGAUCUGAGUUCGGGUCCCUGCAGGACGCGGCUCUGGAGCAAAGUCCGCCGCGGGUCGGGAGUCCGUCUGCAGCAGCAGCGGUGGAGGUGAAGAAGCACCAGCACAAGCACAACCUGAAGAACCGCUACGAGGUGAUGGAGACUCUGGGCAAAGGAACCUACGGGAAAGUCAAGAAGGCGGUGGAGAGAGCGAGUCUGAAGACUGUGGCGAUAAAGUCGAUCCGCAAGGAGCGAAUCACAGAUGAGCUGGACAGAAUCCAUAUCCAGAGAGAGGUGGAGAUCACGUCUUCCCUCCGACACACUAACAUCAUACGCUUCUAUGAAGUUUUUGAGAGCCGAGACAAGAUUGUCAUCGUGAUGGAGUUCGCCAGCAGAGGCGAGUUGUACGACCACAUCCAGGAGAAGGGAAAGCUUCCAGAAGCCGAAGCUCGAAGCAUCUUCAGACAGAUCACAUCUGCAGUCCACUACUGCCAUAAGAACGGUGUUGUGCAUCGAGACCUGAAGCUGGAGAACAUCCUUUUGGAUAAAGAUCUAAAUGUUAAGUUGGCUGACUUUGGCCUCUCAAACCGUUUCCAAAGUGGCGCAAUGUUGCAAACUUACUGCGGAAGUCCACUCUACGCUGCGCCAGAGAUAGUGAAGGGGCUGCCAUACCAGGGGCCGGAGGUGGACUGCUGGGCUCUGGGGGUGCUGCUCUACGCUCUGGUGUACAGCAGUAUGCCAUUUGAUGGUGCCAGCCAUGCUUUUCUCACUGAGCAAAUAAGUCAAGGCCGGUACCGCCGGCCCAACCCUCCCUCGGACGCCUGUGCUCUUAUCGACUGGCUCUUGACGGUGCGAGUGGAGGAGAGAGCCACAAUUGAGGAUGUGGCCAACCACUGGUGGGUGAACUGGGGAUAUGAAGAGAGUGUGUGCGACUGCACGUCAUUUCCUUUUCAAGACUGCCCCUCGCCAUUGCUAGCGCGUUACAUCGACUGGCAGAAUCAGGUCACUGCAGAGCCGGCACUCUUGUCCAACUCUUCCUGUCCACCUCCUCAGUCCUGUUGCUUUAGCUCGCCGUUGAAGAUAGAUCACGGAAGGUUACAAGGUGGAACUUCAAGUCUGAGAAAAUCACGCAAGGAGAAUGCAAUUCCCCAGACGACAACUGGAAGUACUGUCAAUGCAGCAGCUGCAUCCUGUGCUGAGGCGUCGACCAUUGAGAGAAAGAAACCUAAAAGUAUUCUUAAACCCCAAAGGAGUUUCGACUCUGUGUUUCACAACACUCCAAGGGAACAUUCAAACUCGCAACCAGCUGACAUCCGAUGCACACAUGUAGUCAUUCCUCCAUCCUCUACUUUCAGUCAACCAUCUUCAAAGAUGCCCAAGAAGGGGAUUCUAAAAAACUAUCAAGGGGAAUCCAGUUGCAUUUCCUCCUCAGAGAGGAGCAGAGAGAGAGACACGUGUAAUGCACGUUCUGACAAAGAGAGAACUUGCCUCCAAGCGGCAGAAGACAGUCCAAGCAUGCACAUGGAGGCAGUGCGACGACGGAAGGGUAUUCUAAAACGGAAUGGCAAAUUCUCACGCAGUUUAGACCUUUCCGUCGAUCCCCUCCCCGCCCCAGUGUUUCCAGACGCCCUGCACCAGUUCCUGCAGUCAUCGGGCGGUCACCACAGUCGACCAUCCAGUGCGGUGAGCGAGGAUAGCCUCUUCUCGUCCGACUCUUUUGACUUGCUUGACCUCAGUGUCCAGACACGACGCAGGAUUUUCUCAAGGAUUCAGCAGCACAGCGGGUGCAGCACUGACGACGAGUCUCAAACUUACAGCACCGAUCAGGUGGUUGAUGGAAUUGGUCUGACCGAAAUUGGAACAUAAGUGAAUUCUACAUCACAUUGCUCAUGUUGUAUUAAGAAGCCUUUAUCCUUGUCCAGAGAGUGGAAGAUUCAUGUGUAUUUUUGACCCACUUUCUGUUGUACUAAGAAAGACUCCAAACCCUGUCUUUAAAGAUGGUACCUAUAAAUAAAGCUCUUUAUUUACUUUGGCAGUCCUAUAAAAACACGCACCAACACACACUGGAUUGUGCUCUAUUUAACAGGAAUGACACUUCAUGUGAUUGUCCAAGUUUAUAACAUGACAGAUUUUAUCAAAGAAUGUUUGCAUGAUAUGGUCUUUUAUAGAUGAAACAGCCACACAACUUGAGCACAUACAGAUAGGAUGAACUGCCGUAUCACUCGUGAAACUCUGACAUUCACAGAUGCAGCACUUGACUUAAUGUCUGUUACUAAAUGUCCUUUUAAAUCUGCACAGUUUGCUAUUUUGCACCAGACGACACAAUGACUUGAUAACAAAAAAGGACCACAGGUUUCAUCAAAGACCUUUCCUGCAGUAAAUAUCCAAGUGACCAUUAAAUGCACCUAAGAAGAUAAAUUAUUGUGUUAAACAAGUUGU